GUGGCGAUGCACAUAAACCAGAUAACACAAAAACACGUGUACUACUCUUUGCCACCAGUCCCCUCCUCCACUUCGAUGAUGAAUUGCUGAACUGCAAGCUCGCUCGAACUUGAUUCUCCUUCCUCAUUUAGUGGCAGACAAUCAUAUCCAAUCCAGCUGCUCAAUAUCUUCCUUAUGAUGGCACUUAAUUCAUCGUCACUACUUUCAAUUAAUCCUCUCCACCCAUCUUCCAAGAUUUCAAAUAUGCUGAAUUUUCAACCAAAGCCUUUUCCCGUUGUCUGCCAAAUGAACUCAAACAAAUAUCACCCUCAAGAGGUUGGGUUGCCAUAUGUCAAUGCAGAAUCCAAGAAAUGGGGAAAACUGAUUUCGACAACGUUGGCAGCUGCGGUUAUUGCCUUGAGCUCUGACAUGUCUGCCCUUGCUGAUCUUAACAAAUAUGAAGCUGAAUUGAGGGGUGAAUUUGGGAUAGGAUCCGCUGCCCAAUUUGGUUCUGCUGACCUCAGGAAAGCAGUGCAUGUGAAUGAAAAUUUCAGAAGAGCCAAUUUCACAGCUGCUGAUAUGAGAGAAUCUGAUUUUAGCGGUUCAACUUUCAAUGGUGCAUAUCUUGAGAAAGCAGUUGCUUACAAGGCAAAUUUUACAGGUGCUGAUUUUAGUGAUACACUGAUGGAUCGCAUGGUUCUUAAUGAAGCCAAUCUCACGAAUGCCAUUCUCCUGAGAACAGUCCUCACCCGGAGUGACCUUGGAGGUGCCGUCAUCGAAGGUGCCGACUUUAGUGAUGCUGUGUUGGACCUUUACCAAAAGCAGGCUUUAUGCAAGUAUGCUAGUGGCACAAAUCCUGUAACUGGAGUGAGCACAAGAGCAAGCUUAGGUUGUGGGAACAAACGACGAAAUGCUUAUGGCUCUCCAUCAUCUCCCCUGUUAAGUGCUCCACCACAAAAACUGCUUGACAGAGAUGGUUUCUGUGAUGAAAAAACAGGCCUUUGCGAUGCAAAAUAGUUGUUGUAAUCCCUGCUACAACAGACCAUAUUUGUGUAAAUAUACCAGAGACUACAAAUGAGGCAUUUGUUUUCCUUUUGGACUUCUGAGAGCAUAUAGGCAUUGAACAGAUGAAGCCCUUUCUUGAACUACCCUAUAUGUUCUAUGUUGGGAUCUCGGUCUCUGUAGAAAGUCAGAACCUAUUUUGUGCAAACAUCUUUCUCCAUGUAAUAUCUACUUCCUAAUUUGCUGGAUAUAUAUAUAAUUAUCCUACCUGUUGGUCUCGAUUUCCCAUCCAUAUGACAUAGUACUUUCAUGCAACUUGA